AUGGAGCUGGACAGCCUGAGGAGCCUGACAGCGAAAUUCACACUUCGGCACGCGAUCGUCAGAGAGUUUAUAGCUGAAUUCCUCGGGACAUUUGUGCUCAUACUUUUCGGCUGUGGCUCGGUGGCGCAGGCUGUACUCAGCAGAGGAGCUCUUGGAGAACCGCUCACCAUCUACAUUGGCUUCACCACAGGAGUGAUGCUGGCCGUCUAUGUGUCAGGAGGUGUAUCAGGAGGACAUUUAAACCCAGCUGUAUCUCUAGCCUUGGCAGUCUUAGGGAAGUUUCCUAUUAAAAAAUUCCCAGUGUACGUGGCUGCCCAGUUCAUUGGUGCCUUCGUAGGUUCAUGUGCAGUCUUCGGUUUGUACUAUGACGCCAUUAUGGACUAUUCCAAUGGAGAUCUGCUGGUCACUGGUGAAAAUGCUACUGCAAACAUCUUCGCCACCUAUCCAGCAAAGCAUCUCUCAAGGUUUAAUGGGUUUUUUGAUCAGGUGGUUGCCACUGCAGCUUUGGUGCUGGGUGUCCUGGCCAUCCUGGAUAAGAAGAACAUAGGAGCCCCUAAAGGAAUGGAGCCACUGCUUAUUGGUUUCACCAUCCUGGCCAUCGCAGUGGCCAUGGGUUUGAACUGCGGCUUUCCCAUCAACCCUGCCCGAGACCUGGGACCCCGGCUCUUUACGGCUGUGGCGGGCUGGGGGAUGGAGGUGUUCAGAGCCGGGGGCUGCUGGUGGUGGAUCCCAGUUGCUGGUCCGAUGGUGGGGGGUGUCCUGGGAGCGAUGACCUACUACCUGCUAAUCGAGCUACACCAUGUGCAACCAGAGAAAACGCUUGAAGAAAAGAUCAACGUUAAGGACAAGUAUGAAAUGAUCACCACGAGCUAGACAGAAGACAACUGGUACUCUUCACCUCAACCAGGCUUUAGUAUAUUGUAUAACCUCU